AUGAUGAGCGCCCCGCUGGCGUUCGCGGGCGCGCUUCGAUUGUGCUGGCGGCUGCUCAUUGCCUACGAGCCGCGCAAGGACUGGAAGGGCGAGAACGUAGUCACUGAGUGCAUCACUGCGCUGCAUGAGAUGCGGAUUCUGAUGGAGCUCCUGUCCAUGAAGGGGGAGAGCUUCGAUCGUCUCUGGAAGGCUUGCAGUGGCGGCUCGGAGGUGAACGCAAAGCCCGUGAAUUUGCACGAGCCAGAGGUCAUCGAGAUCUUCGAGGCCAUCAUCAAGCUUGUCACCUUCUUCAGUCCGCUGGAGGGCAUGCUGUACGCGGAGGUGAGACGCGUGGUCAGUGCAUCGCGGGAAGAGCUGAUGUUCCAGAUGAUCACCGUGCCCCAUCCGAGCGUCAAGAACGCCGCUUUGGAGUGCAUCUCUGCGGCCUCCAUCAGUGACUACUCCUCCAGCGAGAUGGAGUCCCUCAUCAGCCUGCUGGAAGUGAAGCCGGAGGAGCUUCAAGCGUCCUUCAUGCUUUUGGAGAAGAUCAUGAGCCAACUGAACAAGAUGCUGCUGGCGAACACCGGGCAGGGAGCUCUGUCGCUCCGAACGACCCACGGAAACGUCGCGAUGGAGGGGGUGAUCCGCGUCUUCGUGAGGACCUCGCGCAGCCGCCCGGACACGGCGGAGCUGAGCAAGAUGCGGGUUGAGCUGCUGCAGGCGUGCCUUCGCUUCUUCCGAAUCACAGAGACUAUGGCGGAAUGGCGGCAGCAUCGCUUGCGCACAAAGAACGCGAGCCUAGCCGUCAUUACGGCCCUCCAAAGCGAGGACCAGGACGCGCUUGGCCUCGACAUCCCGGAUAUCAGCGCAGAACGCACCUGGACUGGGCGAUCCGUGGAGACGUUGCUCUUGUGCCUCACCGGGCCCGAGAGGCUCAAGGCAAACAGCAAGGUGACCUUCCGGGUGAUCAGCCGUAUGGCGGAUGUGCUGGACGGCCACAGUGAUUUCCUGGAGAGGCCACGGGCCUCAUCAGACCCGGAGAUGGAGAAGGACGCGGAGAAGCUCCACACUCGCCUCAUGGCCGAAGAAGCAAAGCCAUGGGAUGAGGAGGCCAUGAGGAAGAGGCUUGGCUUCCUGGAUAACAUGGAAGAAGAAGACCGAAGACUGCAGCAAGAGAUCUUCACCUCCGCCAAUGGACUUGAAAGGAUCGAUAUGUUCCUGGGCGGGUUGUAUCCCAACCACAAGGCCAGGAACACCGCCCGGCUCAGGGAAGUGGCGGCCGUUCAAGAAGGAACGCGCAUGAUCGAGCAGUCGACCAUCGGUGCUACUAAGAGCGAAGCCUCGGAGGAUCACCCGGAGUCGGACAGCGAGUCUGAAACCUCCCAGGCGGGCGUCCGGCGCCCGGAGGCCCCGGUGAUCGAAUUGGUCGCCCGUGACUUUGCAGGCACCCGUGACUUGGCGGGCUACGAUGACCUGCGGCAAACCUUUGCUGGCAGGCUCCACUCGUGCGUCAGCAUCCUCUUUACAGCGAGGCGGUUCAACAACUGGAGCUCGAUCAUCGACUUCGGCAAUGGGCCAGCGCAUGACAACAUCACCAUCGCGAACCAGGGGAGAUUCAACUCCCUGGUCUUCGAGGUCUACAGGUUUGGGAAGCCGUAUCGGGUCAUUGCGCCCGGGGUCCUGAAGCUCGGGGAGCCCUGCACGUACCUCUGCACCGUGUCGGAGGAUGGGGUGAUGCAAGUCCUCCGCGGGAGCGAGGUGAUAGGUCAGUGCAACGGCCUUCCACCCAGCGAAGCCCUGCCCAGGAAGUACCUCUACGUGGCAAAGUCUUGCUGGCCGGAGAGAGACAUGUUCCACGGCCGCCUCGAGCAGCUCAAGGUGUACAAUGGGCUCGUCGUCGACUGGGAUGACGUUGUCACUGAUGCCGGCGAGGAGAACGCGCAAUUCGACCGGCGCUUGCUGGUGAAGGAGUUCUUCUAUGGGGCAGUGACGCAGGAGCAUCCCCUACCCCGGGUGCACGGGGCCAGCAACUUGCUGCCGGAUCACGCAGACGAGGAGAGGAGCAUUUCGCCCCCUCAGGGCAUUUGGAGCCCGGAUACACCGUGGCAGCCCUCAUGCGCUGCUGCUUUGCGUUGCUGCAGGUGCCCGCAUCCAACAAGGCGGAGGCGGAUAUGGUUGCAACCCUCUUGGAUAAGAACACGGUUUCUCGGAUGCUGUCCCUGGUGA